CCGAAACGUCGUAAGAAUUUUAUUGUGUUAUUUUAUUUUAUUAUUUUAUUCUCAUUCCACGUGACUUUACUGAAAGAACCAAGCAAGAGGAUUACAGUUGUGCAGGAUAUUUCCUGUGUAUUUAAUUACACUCUUCAAACCACACCUGUGAUUGUAUUCACAUCCUGCGUUAAUUAAUUAUCAAUGUGGGGGGCGGUACGGUGGUGUAUUGGUUCACCCACCGCACUAUGAAGAUGGGAUGGUCGCACCUGAGUUCGACGCUUGGCCAAGGCUAAAGUCAGUGGCGAGAGAUAUCGGAACUUGGCCUCGUUCCCUCUUCACCAACCUCCACUGACCAGCUUGGUAAAGCAAAAUAACCCUCCCCCCCCCCCCCCAUGACCGCUACACCUGCGGGGGAGAGGGGGGCCUUCAUACAAAAGUGGGUUGACAAAGGGCUUUAGAUUGUUAAAGUAGCGUAUUACUUUAAAGAGAGAAUCCGUUGGAGGUGAUUCAGUUUAGUGCGCUUGUGCAAUCGGGAUGGAGGCAACAACGCACAUUUUUAAGUUUCAUAAAAGAAAACAUUAGUUUUAUGCGACAUGAAAAAAAAACAACUUUGAUAUAAUACCGUUUCUUAAAAAGUUUGUGAGGCGACAACACUUUCGAACUGUAUUACGGUUAAAAUUAUAGUGCACAGCCCUUUAUCAGUCGAAUGUUGGAUGAAGGGCUCCCCCAAACUUUCGGGUCAUGAGGUUGUUUGACCAUACUUCACCACCACACGGGUGGAAGAUCCUCUGUGGAAACCCAAUUAUUGAAGUUAUCUUUUUUUACACAGCUGGAUUAAAUGUACGUUAUGGCUUGUGGAUCAAGAAUAUUAUAUUUAUUGCAGACAAUAAUACAUGCUGUUCUUUUCAUGAAAAUGACUAAACACGUGCACUUAAACAAUGACAUCUGCUAUGGUGCGUUUCUUUUUUAUUGUUAUUGGUAUUAUAUUUUUUCUACAAUAUUGUUCACUGAUUGGGAUAAUUUAAAAUGUAACUCAAUGUAAUGUUCCACGCUCCGCUUUGUUCGUGCCUCCAUGAUCAGUCUAUUAAUAGGUGGAAGCUGACUGCAUAUAUAUUAGGUUUCAUUAUACCUCCAUGAAUAUUUUUCACGCUUUUGCCACCAGCAUUGCACCGUGGCUCUGAUCUGCCCCUGGGUUUUCAGCAUUUAUAUACACAGCAUUUUUACAUGAUGGUUUAACGCCAGAGCAUUUUGUUCAUAUAGAAGUAAUGUAAUGUCAGUAAUCGUCUGGUUUUUCAUCCAAAUAUCGUAAUAUUAUGGAUUUAUGUACAGUCUUGCGUAUGCCGUAAUUUAAAUGUUACUCUUUGUGUCUAUCUCUGUAUCGAUUUGUAACCGUUGCAUUAUUCCCCGUUUGUUCGUUAUUAGUAUGAACGUGCCAAAUGCUUGAAUUACUGGUGAGUCAUGCACAGGAAGGCUUAUGCAAGUAAAUCAUUGCCGUCAGAUGGCAGGGCUGCCAUUUGUAUGCCCCGCAUUGAGGGAGGUUUUUUUUGCCCAUUUGGUUGGCCAGUGUGCACAUGACUUGCCAUACUCACGGGUGAGGCAGUCUUACCUAAAACGCCCUUUAGAGAUUUGACAUAAGUGAUUGGAAGCCAAUCACUAAUAGGUUCAGCAUCUAAGAAAAACGGAUUUGGGGAAUGGAUGGGGAUGUUUGACAGAGCGUGACGGAUGGCGCCUGCGAUGCAUUGUCACCCUGACAGGGCACUCAUUCGCCACAUCGAUCACUGCGAUACUCUGCAUUUCACUCCGGGGACCGGUGUCAGUGCUGGCAGUACAUUGUGAGCCACAGAGUGUGGGUUUUCAUCGGUGUGGCAGCCCCUCUGUAACUGCGGUUAACCCCAAGUUCUAUCCAUUGUCAUUGCAGGCUUGGGGGUAGGGGCCUUGGGAGGCGGUGGCGGUGUUGCAUGCGGCCCUGUACAAUUAUAGAGGGCAACGUUAUAAAAUUUGAAAAUUGCGCCCGAUUUGCUUUCAAAUAUAAUUGCUGUUGAAAUAAAAAAAAAUUGGAGCGGGUGAUCGAGAGGGAAAAGAUGGAUUGUUACAUUAUUUUUUUCCCAAGUGGCCUUCAGUAAGAAGACAUGUUUUAUUUGUUUGUCACAUUGCACACAAAUGUCACUUUGCCUCGUCCAAAAAGUAAUUGCAUUUUAGGUCAAACGUACCAUGAAACAAUGUAUUCAGUUGAUGUUGAUUUUUUAUUAAUAUAUGUGUGUAACUGUUCACUUUUAACUUGCUGUUUCGCAAACCUCGAGUACACUUAAUGUGUUGAAUAGUGGUCGUGACAGAAUAAAUAAAUACGCUGAUUUGAAAAGUAACACUGCACUGUGGUUGAGGGUAGAGCAGUGGAGUGGAUGUUUUCACGGCCGUCUUAUGAACUUGGCGACAUGAGUAAAAUUCAUGACCACAACUAACGUCUGUGGCGAGUGAUGUCUGAACCAAUCCUAGACACCCACUUUCACGAAUGUGAAAUGGCCAGCAUGGUGAGGUAUGGUCAAACAUCCCCCAUGAUUGUAAGGCAUAGGGAAGCCUUCAUAUACCAGUUGAUUGACAGAGGGUUGAAAAUUAAUAAUUCUUAAUAUGUUUUACUUUGGUUGAGAAACAAGAUGCAAUUGUAGUUUUAACACGACAGUGUUCACCAUUACAUCGCUUAAUGUAUGUGUUGUGAAGAAAAACAGUAUUGGUAUCACUACUUUGACACAUGUACACAUAUACGUAUAUUAAACGUCCAAUUAAGUACAAGUGGACAUGGCAGAUUGGCAGAUAAAACGUGUUGCAUUUUACAAGAUAAUUUGAGAGUGAUCAUUUCAUAUUAUGCAUGAAUGGUCAGACGUAGCUGCUGAUUAGGCUCACAAAAAAUAUAGUUUGAAGUCAAACCAGAUGCUUUACAGUUUAAGUUGCGUGAAAUUAUAGGGGUCACGUUCCAGUGUAGGAUCAUUCUCCCUUUGUGGAUGCGCAUUACACGUUGAAGAUGUGCGGAUUAAAUAUUUAUCACGGCAAAAGGGAAUCGUUCUAGUUAUUGGAGAAAGAACAGCCUGUGAUUCACGAGUGCAGGCUCUCGCAGGGCUGUCUAUGAUUCCUUACAGACAUGGUAAACACACUGCGAGUAUCCUCUUUCCACAGAUUUCGGCGAAAAUUUACUGUGCUUGCUAUAAUCUGGUGGCUGUGGAGGUACUCAACUUGCUAAAUGGCGCGUCUUAUUUUAAUUUCACAGGUGCUGCUAUCGGGCCUAAUCGGUGUGCUGUCCUGGAAACGGCCUAUUUCUCUCGUGGUAGGUCACGCCACUUUUACCCCACUUUCACCCCAUUUUCAUGUUCAUUAAACCGGCCUCGCCUGCUUCGAAGGCUUUCGGCACGGCCUGUUGUCGCAUUGUUUUGGCCGAUGGCUUUUGUGCAAUCAUUCACUUUUCUUUUUAAAUUCAACGCUUUUAUUGGACCGUGACUUAUGGAGCUCGAAACAGAUGAGUGCAUGCACGCCCAGCACUGAGAUACCAUUAAGAUGUAUUGUUUAUUUACUGAGGACCAACAUUGGUAAUGCAGACACCACGAUUACUGCGCUGUCAUUUUUCCUCAUAACGGCGAAUGGAUGUAAUAUUUGGGUCGUGACACCGGCACGCGAUGACGUGCCUUUGUCAAUGAUAACAAAUUAAUUUACGGCUGUAUUGUCAAUCCACUGCUGGAUGAAGGCCUGCACACGCUGCGUAGGUUAUGGGGUUGCUUGACCACGCUGGUUUUAUGAAAUUUGAGUAGGGGGCGAGGACUGGGUCGAGAUCACUCGCUACUGAUGUUAGUCGUGGCCAGGAAUUUAAAUUCAGGUCGCUGGGUUCUAAAUUCAGUGUGAUAACCACUGCGCCACCACUCCGCCCCCAAUGACUUACAAUGCAGAAACUUUAUUGUUCAAUCAAGUGAAACGAUGCAGCUUCUUGCGAUCAUACUGGCUCAGUUGCAAGCAUGCUGUGCCCAUGAGACUGUCUGUCUGCUUCGUAUACACUGCAUGUCAUUAGUCAUCACGCUAUUCUGCCUCCGAAAGAGAGUGCUCUUGGAAAUGUCUGCCAAUGCAUGAUGUCAGGUUGCAUGGUGAGUGUUCUAUCCCUUUCCCAAUCCGACUGGAAGAAAAAAAGAUAAAUAAAAUAACUUUAUUGGUACCGAGGCUCCCACAAGGCCAUGCGGAAGCACGUGUGGCCCAGUUUGUCGCCAGCUAUCAUAGAGUGUGGUCGUGUCGCUGCAGUUCUCUGCAGUGAGUACAAUGUCUGUAAAAACAACGGCGCUAUGCCACUCUAAACAAAAUGAACACUCACAUCUUUCUCAUUCCGAGAUUCAGCGGUAAACGGGGCCCACUCUGCAACUUGCAGACGUCUCGGAAGGGGAAUGCGUUAAAUGGAUAUUUGGUUGCCCUGCAUUGCUGUUGCCUGUCUGCGAAACCACACUUUUCGCCCAAACUUGCCAACGAGGAAUGAGGCAUAUUUUAAUUUCUCUUUUUUGCCAGAAGGUAACAUUACCUCUAAUUAAGCAAACGUUGAUUUAUGAUCGUUUACAACUCUAGAAGUAGCCAUUAUGAAAUGAAAAAUCAACCUGAAAAUAGAUUGUUGUAACCCUUAAAACUAUUAAUUAAAUUAAUCUGCUUCAUAACAAUAUCCUUGAUCUGUCAUUUUACCAUGUAAAACUGGUAAGCUACUUGAGAAAGUAGGUCACUUGAGACAAUGUCAAGUUGAAAUUGCGUGAUUUUCUCCAUAUAAAAGUGUGCCCUUUUUAAUACAAGUACCCUUGGAUAUUUGGUCACAAUUUGAACGAAUCGCCAUACGUGAGACAGCUUAAAGAUAAAUCCCAUCUUAUUUACAUAACUGAGAGUCAUCAAGUGCUUGCACUUAUAUAUAACUGUUAAUAUUUUUAUUAUAGUUUUUUUUUAAAUGCUCUUUAAAAAAAAGUUAUAAUCAUCAUUAUGAACUCCCAUUCACAGCACUGACUGAGUCAUUGUGUUAAUCAGUCAGUUUUUUUUUUGCUAUUGAGCUCCUACAGGAAUACAUUCAGCUACUAUCUACUACCUGAUCAAUUGAUUUGUUUUAGCAGCUGUGAAAGAUUAUGGUUCCUCUGCUGAAUCAGCAGGCAAUGCCCACGUGGCCCCUGUCGCCUUGUUCCCCACUCCGUGCCGAGUGCGGUCAAUGUUUUGUGUCCGUGGCCGUUAGAAAUGCUUCAAAUAAUACCCAGCCUGAGCCCAUACGGAUAACGUGCGUGUUUCACUUGCCCACCGGCAGGACCUGGAACCACAGAAAUAACGGUGCCAAGUCAGUAGCCCAACAUGGUUUUCAUCAGCCCCUGAAGUUAAAUCAGCCUACCCUUUCUUCAGCUGUUGUUCGUUUUAACGUUAUGCUGAAUAAUGAUCUCAGCCUGGUCACCGGUGAUGGCACAAAAAGGCGUAAUGUUAAAUUUGGUUUUGAGAGUCAUGCGACAGACCUUCUCUUGGCAGACUGUAUGGGAAAAGUCCUCUUCUAAAAAGAAGAUGAGGAAACGUGUGUCUCUGACUCUGUAAAGGAUUUUAAAAAGACAACUUGCAGGAUUAUAUUGGAGAAGUCAUUUGAAAAAUCGCUUUUUCACACCCGUUCUUUAACUCAUUGUGGGGUUUUGAGAUUACCCUACGGAUUCUGCUUCUGAUGGCAUGAUGCUGACGGCACAAUUGGAAUUAAUUGAAUACAAAAUAAAACUAGUUUAAAUGCAUCAGAGUAAGUAAAAUAUAAGGUGUAUUAGCAUUGUGAACUCAUUGCAGUGUGACCUAAUAGUCUGUAUUAAUUGAGCCUAAAUGCUGCAUUAGGAAAAUAGGAAACUGCAUCACCACUUGCUUUAUUUUAUGUAAAACAUCGCGGGACAGCGCGGUUUCAUUUUAAUUUAUAAACUGCACGUGGACUCAUCAUCAAUUGGGGCUAAAACAUGGGAUUCCACUUUCAUGCUUCUAAGAACAUAAAAACAAACCCUAUGGUUUUGCGUGAGAGAGAAGCUUUCCAAUUGCUUGUACCGGAGUCGAACAGCUAUUUUGAGAACUUCUAAACAGAGCGAAGAAGACGCUUCUAAUGCCAGUUAAGCUGAAACAUGGUAUAGAUAACCGAUCUGUCAACGCCUGUAAGAAGGAACAUAUAGAAGAUAGUAUGCUGGUCCCCCAUGGCACGUAAUUCAACCGCCAGCGCUUCUACAUCGACGCUAUUGUGUGUAGCAUUUCAUUUGAUUUCACUGCACACAUCGGUGCCUAUGUGUUUAAACAGUAAUUUGAAACUGCAGCUAAAUCCAGCAGCUGCUUCUUCUACUGUAUGCGCCGUGCUAUCGGUAGCAAUCUCCCGCUGUGUCCAGGAAUGUUGGCACGAGCAAAAAAAAACCCACACACACCCAACCUUGCCCCGCUGUUGAAGGCUGAAAUGGCCAUCUUCUGUAUGCAUGUGUAUUGAACUUCUUUCGCCAACCGUGAUAAUCAGAGGUGUGGGGGGAAGGACAACAAACCUAACACCGAAAUCAGUUCUAAAGAAUGUAGUUUUUAAUCCAGAUUUCAAAUGGAGGAGGAACGUUCCAGACGGCCGCAGAAAGUGUGCGAUGCAGUGACCGUCUUUGUUCGAUGACUCGCCAAAAGCCACUUCGAGGAUGACCUGUUGCCUGAAGGCGCUAUUAUAAUGGCACGGGUCAAUGUAGCUUUACUGAACAUUGGACCGUUAAUUGCCUUGCAACUGCGCAACGCUUUAUCCCCUCUUACCCCCCUACCCCCCCCCUUAAUGUUAUCGUCCAUCGCUUCGUCUAUGCCCAAGGCAGAACAAACGCUCAAGAAUUUAACUGAGCCCUGCCGGGAGCCAGAUUACGUUCUUCACGCUGCUGUCAGCGGUGUGUGUGAUGCUCAAUUUGGCAGGCUCCAUUCUCUCCUGCCAGAACGCUCAGCUCGUCACCUCGCUGGAAUACUGUCACUUGAUCAACUUGGAGGAUGACGUGUGCGUCUGCUGCGAGAACCCCAAGCUGAACGGCUGCAGCAACCUGGGGGACACCCUGAAGCUGAACCCACUGCAGGCGUGCGACUCCGUGCGCCUCGCCCUCAAGGAUUUGCUCUUCAGCGUCUGCGCUCUGAACAUCAUCUCAGUGGCCGUAUGCGCCCUUGCGACAGCCACACGCUGCAUGCAGAUGAUCUCCUCCGAUGUCAUACACAUUUUUGUGCCUCACCGCGCGGACCAGAACUCCGACGACUGCCCAAACGCGCGCGAUUCCAUCUUCCAGGGCGAGGACUUUGACGACUUCAUUCCUCCCGUCCCACCGCCUCCUUACUACCCACCGGCGUACGGCCACGCAGCACUGCCGGAGUCACUCCGGGUCGGCAGGUUGGCCCUCACGCACUACUCCAUCGGUCACGUGUACGGGGCUCGCCUGGGCAGUCCGGACCCAUGUUUUCCGGGCGAUCUCCCACCGCCGUACGAGGCCGUGGUGAGCCAGCCAUCUCUUCAACAGACGUCAAGUUUUGAAGAUCAAAUGACGGACGCUUCUUAUAGCAACAGUAACUACAACAGGACAAAUGAAGAGAGCCUGAGUCCGGGAGGGGCGUCGGAGGAGCUGGGAGGCGUGCCGGACGAGGACGGUGCCACGGAGGCGUCGUGCUCCAUGGCGGCUCACUGCUCCCCGCGCUCGGGCGAGGACCUCUCCCCGCCGUGCAGCCCCGCGGGCGCGCGGUCCUCCGCAGCGGCGACUCCUUCACGCGGCGGCGGCGGCGGCGGCCUCGCGCAGGCACCCCCGGGGGACGCUGGCGGCAGCCCACGUACCCCACGUACCCCACGUACCCCAAGUACCCCACGUACCCCACGUACCCCGCGAUGUCCCGCGCGCCGGCCUUCUCGGGGCGACGACGACGCCGCCGGCGGCUCCGGCGGCUCCGGCGGCACGACGCCGAGCACGGACGACGCGCGGUCCUCGGCCUACAGCACCGCACGCACCGGCACGGCGCCGAGCAGCCCCGGCAGCCCGGACGAGCGCAGCCUGCCUCGCGACGAGCCGCCCUCCGGCCGGGCCGGCGUGGCGAGAGACGCGCGGAGCUUCCUCCCGGGACGCUGCCGGCGCGGCGGCGGCGGCGGCGGCGGCGGGCUGCCCCGGCCGCGGAGGCUCGCGUCCAGAGUUCUGAGGGUCACCUCGCUGUCGGCGGAGGACGUCGGCCAGGGCUGCUGCGUCGUGCCCCUGGAGAUGGACGCGGCCUUCGAUGCCGGUGGGAGGACUGUGGAGCGCAGCGGGGGAGGGGGUGGGGGCAGGACCGGGGCGUCAAUGGGUUGCUUGCCGGGCAAGCUCAGCUUUUCUCGGCUGAGCAGGUCGACGAGUGACCCUUGCUCCCAGUCGUCGGCGACCCUCGUUGCCGAGGAUGAAUCUGAAGGCACGAGUGUGGAUUUGAGUGAUCUCUCAGGAGGGAUGAAAUCUCUUCGUAUAACCGAGGGCAGCCGCCAGUCCAGCGUGCAGGGAAGCCGCGACCACCUACCCCUGCGGCAGCAGCAGCAGCAGCAGCAGCAAGCGGUCAGCAGCUCCCCCCCCGGCUCCCUCGAGCAGCGAGGGCCGGUCGUGCGGCGCCCAAAGAGGCCGCACUUGCGCGGCGACGGCGGGGCCGGUGGCGCCGGCGGCCGCGGCUGGGCCGAGGGGGCCCAGCCGCGGCCGCGCUCGCUCGUCGACUUGAAGGCGUACCGCGACACCAAGCUGCUGGUGGCGCGCUUCCUGGAACACUCGGACGCGGCCGACAACCUCUCGCCGGAGGUGCAGCACGUCGUGGACAACAUCCGGUCCGUGAUUGCGCUCGACGAGGGCCACAUGGAAGAGGCCAUCGCGAGCGCCAACGUCAUCGACCAGGCUAUAGCCGGCUGCCAAUCAGACCGGCCACAGUCUCGGCAGCCGAGCCGGCGGGCCCGCCGGCAGAGCUUGAACUUGAACAGCUGCGGAGAGACGAGCUCAUCGGCCCCGUCGGCCCAGAGACGCCUCCCUCACCACGGCGAGCACGACCGGCCUCACAGUCACAUCGGGAUCUGUCGAGAGACCGUCCUUUAACCCCGGCCGCUGACGCGCGCAAUUUUCGCGCGCGUGCGGUUUCCCCGUGGCGAUGAUCGCCGCCGCCGCCGCCGUCCUCGCCGUCGUCUUCGCCACCCCUUGCGUUCGCGCGGAGUGUUGCCCCCGCGGCAGUUUGGCCUUUUAGCAUUAAAAGGCCGCGUCUGACCCCGAGCGGAUGUGCGGGAAGACUUGUGCCGCGCGUCCGAGCGCGGAAGCGGCGCACGGUGGCCGCCUAUGCCUGGUGCUCCAACGGCGACGGUUUUACGUCUA